AUGAACUUCUCCUACCUUCUCAAGGCCAUCGCUCUGCUUGCUCUCCUGGCACUGAACGUCAACGCCGCGACACUGGAUCAAGCGCGCCGACUUCGUGCUGAACCGUCCAUCGAUCAUGGCGCAUUGCUGCCGGAGCGACAACUGUCAGGCAUGCAAGCCAUUCGCGCGGUCACCAAUGCCAUCAAGAAGGCAUUCAACUACCCGAUUGUGGACAAGGCCAAGGAAAACUACGAAAAGAUCAAACACGCCACUACCAAGAAUGUGACGGGCCAGGAGCAACCAGAUAAACUGGUUGAGCAGGCGUCGAAACGUGAGAGACGGCUUACUCACAGGGCAUUCCUGUCUUCAUUUAUGGCGGCGACUGAUGACUCCGACAUGCAAGUUCUAGCUGGUCAGCAUGUGGGCAACGUCGGGAACACGAGCGCUGUCUACCAGUGCUCGCUGCGCUCGCUCGUGGCAUCGAUCCCCGCCAUCGCUCUGCUUGCUCUCCUGGCACUGAACGUCAACGCCGCGACACUGGAUCAAGCGCGCCGACUUCGUGCUGAACCGUCCAUCGAUCAUGGCGCAUUGCUGCCGGAGCGACAACUGUCAGGCAUGCAAGCCAUUCGCGCGGUCACCAAUGCCAUCAAGAAGGCAUUCAACUACCCGAUUGUGGACAAGGCCAAGGAAAACUACGAAAAGAUCAAACACGCCACUACCAAGAAGUGA